GCUCGAUAUAUAAAUUCCCACGAUUCACCAGGCGGUUCAUCAUCCCCAGCAUCGAUUUUUCAAGCAGCGGAAGCAAGGAAUUUUAUAUCUACCUGUAUUUGGUAAUCCAGGCUACCGGUAGACAGCUUCCCUCGACCUGAGUGUCGUUGAUUUCAUUUGACACAAUGCCUGGAAGUAUGGCACGCUAUAGUAAUGAUUCCGAAGUUGAAGAUGAAGAAAAUCACAACUCUCUCACCCACCCAGCUCUCACUCACCAAACCACGACUUCCUCCACCCAAUUGGCACUUCCACUGUUCCACUCCAUCACUCUUCUCACCACCACGACCACUAUCACUUCACCACGCAUUCAUCGUCGGAGCCCAUCAACCCCAUCAUUUCCAUCAAUUCGCGCCGAAAAUUCCACUUCUGUACACUUCCUCCGUUUCAUUGCGCAGGAAUGCCGGAUUUUCUGCCCCCCGAAUAGCGUCUUCAUGUCCAUACUGGAGAACGUCCGUGAGGCAAUAUGGAACUCGAAGAAGGCAGAGGCCCUGAAAUCCGCCGAGCUGCACCGCGACCAUCUGCGGGCCCUGUUCACCUUUAGCACCAACGUCGGGGGCCUCCCAACCCUACCGCCCGUCGACGCGCCGCCCACCCCCGACGAAGCCAACUUCCUCGACCAAAAUGACCUUACAAAAGGUCGAACACUUCGCGAAGAAACCAUCCCUCUUCCUCCAACUCUCCAAAAUGGCUUUCAGAACGCGCCCUCUCCUCCAAUAGUGAAACCCUCCCUUCCGAUAUCACCUUCUGAACCGGCACCCUCACCAUCCGCGCCCGGAUUUGCGAAAACCACGUCUCCAACCCCGUUCGCAACCGAUCAUGAAGCGACCUCAUUGCCUGCCGGUUCGGACGCCAGACCUGGCGCAGAGCCGACAGCACCACAGCCGACAGAGCAAAAGGCAAUUGAUGAGCAAGUUAUAGACGCGGAGAGCAUAUCAGGCAGACAAAUUCAUGACGCGCAAACGCGUGGCAUCGUACCCGACAGCCAGAAAGAGGCCCAACCGCAACCGUCGCGAGCACCUUUAGGUCCGGGUGACGGAGUCGACGCCCAUAGCAGUAGUAUUUCAUCUGUCGAAGAGGUGGCCUCGAGCAGCACAAGCGCAGAGACUUCGCAGGGGCAAGAUGAUCGCUCCCGGAAGACGGUAUUGGGCAAAAGGAGAAGAGGCGGAGAGAAUGCGAAUCUUAUCGUCUCAGUCCCCACGAACGAGUCGGCAUCGUCGCCUUCGACGGUCGGCGGACACUCGGCCUUUACACCCAAAGCGGCGCUCAAGUCGCCAGAAACGAGUCCAGAAGCAGAGCCGCACGACCAUGCCGACUUCACGGGGGUCAUCAAAGCGAAUGCUCCCACGUCUUUCUCGCACCAACCGUCCCCAUCCGUACCAAAGGACCGAAACAGGCCCGAAAGCAGCGUACUAUCCCCUACCCCAGAAGCACAGCUACGCCAUGAGGAGGAACAGGCAACGCAAUCCUCCCGGACUGAGAACGUCGUUACCGAUGCGCCUUCCCUUAUUCCCACACCGACUCCGAACGAACCUCUUUCCGCGAUCGCUGCAGGAUCGCAAGUCCCACCGUUUGCAACCGACGAUGCAACGGUGCAAGCGGACAUGAUUGAAGAAGCUCACAGAAGUCGAACCGCGCUGGAUAGCAUGGAUAUCGACCGGACGACUCCAUCAAAGGGGCCACGGGAGUCGGAUGGAGACGUUACGAUGUCUGAUGCCCAAGCGAUUGGGGCCGACUUAGCCGCUUCCAGUAUUCAUCACCCUUCUUCAUCAGUGCUAGACAGUGCUGCCCUUGCCAAGAUCGAUGACGAAACCACAAGGGCAUUAAUUGCCUCUCCUCGAUCCCGUGGCCUCAAGGCGAAACAUUCACAGGUCAUUCUCGCCAAUCCCAACGUAAUGAAGAUCCGCAAGGCGCUAUCCACGUCGCCAGAUGAGUAUCUGGCUCUGGCUGGAGCAUCGGAAGACAGUUCCAAGGACUAUCUCGAACCCUUGUUCCGGUUCCAGUCAUACCAAAGCCCACGGUCGGAGACGUUACGAGAGUUGACGACACGUUCGUCGAAGACGGUGAACACCUCGAACUUGCUAUCCGUGAACCGUGAACUUCUCGAGUUCCGGGUUCUGAAGCGGAUAUACCAAUUGCAAAACGCGAAUCGAUGGUCAUUCCGUCAAAUGCAGCCUCCAAAAGAGCCUCCUACACCGCCAUCGCACUGGGAUUAUCUGCUUCGUGAAAUGAAAUGGAUGAGGACCGAUUUCCGGGAAGAGCGGAAGUUACGCAUGGCCUGUGCCAGGAACCUGGCCGAAUGGUGCGCGGAUUGGGUUAACGCACCCCUAGAAGAGCGCUCCCAGCUGCAGGUCAAGGCGCGGGCGCAGCCAUCACGGCCGAUGGAGACGAACAACGGCGAUUUUCCAUCCACUCCGGCGCUCACCACGUCGCAAUCCAAUGAGUCGGGCAGCGAGUUGUCCACACCGACAAAGUCCUCUCAUGCUCAAAGUGACGGGACCAUCUCGCCGAUGGCAUUGUUCUCUCUGGGCUUUGACGAUGUCGUAUUUGAGCUCGAUUGGACCCCGAUGGCAGACCGGCUGCUUAAUCAACUCCCCUCGUUUGAGAAGCAUCUGAGCAGCGAAUCCCUCACCCCGAAACCAUCCUCGCAACUCAUUCCUGUCUCCAAGCUGUGCAAAAGCAAGAUUGUUUCGAUUGGGAGCCGCCGUCCGACGAGACGUAGCCGGUAUAACUACGAAGAGGAGGAACAAGAGGACAAGUCCAAAGAUCUGCCUCCGAUGCAGAAUGACGUUGCUUUAUUCCAACCCGAGAACAAGCACGUCCGUGAACGUUUACAUGCGAGCCAUGCAUUCCGACCUCCGUCAGAGUAUGGGAUGCCUGCAGUCGCGUUCCUCGAGAGUCGUUUGUCCUCGCAGUGGUUAUACGAGGAAGACCAGAAGCUUCGAAGUCUGGUCAGAGAAUACUCAUACAACUGGUCCCUCAUCGCAUCGUCUCUUUCAGCUCCAUCGCUAUUCACAUCCAGCGCGGAACGUCGAACGCCAUGGGAAUGCUUUGAACGUUGGAUCCAACUCGAAGGGCUCCCACAGGAUAUGUCCAAGACCCCAUAUUUCAAGACAUACAUGGCACGUCUUGAUGCGGCAAACAAAAAUUCCGUGGCUCGCCAGGAAGUAGCGGAUCGGAUACGCCAGCAGCAGCAUGCUCAAACCCCUAACCAACCCUUAGUCCGAACCCGCAAGACCAUCUCGCCCAUGCGCGUUGAACGGAGGCGAAAUGAACGACACAUCGCCCUCAUCGAUGCUAUGCGCAAGUUGGCCAGGAAGAGGGAGGCCGCUGCUCAUAAACAGGCCGAAUCUAUGAAAGCCGCUCAACUUCGAAAGGCCGCGAACGAAACCAAUCAAAGCCAGACUCGAAUCUUCAGUCCCCAGGAAAUGAGCCGCAUCAAGCACGAACGGGAACAGAAAUUGCUCGAACGGCAGGAGCAGUAUCGCCAGCAGAUGGCCGCGCAACAAAGAGCUGCACGUCAAGCUCAAAUAGCGCCCCCGGGUCACGGUUCGACCAACGGCGUCAACUCGAUCGCUCAGAGAAAUGGCAUUCAAAACGGCCUGAAUUCAGGACCUUCCGCCAUCAAUGGUACCAAUCCCGCCGGCCAAGCGCAGACGGCGAAUGCGAUGCAGAAUCGACCUUCCAGCCAGCACGCCUCGCCCAUGCCGAACGGAAUGCCGAACGGAAACAUGUCCGGGAUGCCGCACGGCAUGCAAAACAUGCAGCAAGGCCAGAUGGCGAACAGCCUGCAAGGCCAGCCGCGGAUGGGUCCUCAUCACUCUCCCGAGAUGCGCAUGGCCAUGCAGCAGCGGGCCGCCAUGCAAAACCCGGCGUCGCAGCUGCAAAUGCAACAGCAUUUGGCCAACCGUAGUAACUUAGCCGCCGCCCACUUGGCCUCCGCCGGAAUCCAGAAUCCCGCCAUGGUCGCGGCGAUGGCAGGCAAGAUGAACGGAACCAACGGCAUGCCUGGAUCCGGCAACGCGUCGUCCCCUCGCAUGUCCCAGCUCGGUCCGGGCCCCAUGAAGCAGCCCCAGUCUCUCUCCUCAGGCCACAUCCCCGCUAUCAACCAGAUCAUGGCCCAACUCCAAAACCAACACCCACACAUGUCCACCGACCAGAUCCAGCGCGCCGCCCACGAACACCUCGCGAAGCUCCUCCAACGCCAAUCCGCCAUGGCCGCCGCGGCCGGCGCCACCGCGUCCGGCAGCCCCGGCGCCCACCUCAACCACCUCGGCAAUCCCAGCUACCCCCCCGCCGGCUCGCCACCCCUAGGAGGCGGCCCCAUGUCGCUGCCGCUCACCGGCUCCGGGUCCCCGCAGCAGCAGUACGCGCAGCAGCUCCAGUAUCAGCGGCAGAUGCAGCAGAGUCGCAUGACGGCGGCGAGCCCGGGGGUGAACGCGACGGGCAGUCGGAGUGCCACGCCGCAGGGGGCGAUGGCGGGGCAUUCGGGGAUGCAGCGGCCGGGGAGCGCGAUGAGUGGACAGGAGGGAAGUCCGCAUCAGUCGCAGGCGCGGCUGGGGAGUAUGUGAGCGUUCCGUGUAUAAGUUCGAUGUCGAUGCUCGCGGGUCGGCAUUCUUAGUUGCCGUCUGUGGACACGGGUGACAUGGGUUCUCCCCGCUAACUACAUUGCUGUUUUCCUCGAGUACUCGGAAAGGGACGAUGUGCGCAGAGUUCACGAAAUAAAGCAUGCAUUCCAAUCGAAAACAGUGUAAUUAUCGACCUGCUCGGCUCGUGAUUGUUUGUCCAGAGUGAUCUAUUGACAUGCCAUCGACCAUCCACCACGGCACCACCGUACCAGAACCUUAUUCGAUCUUCUUGUGAGUCCCUCGUGUCGGCUUCUGUUGCGCGGC